AUGGAUGAAAAAAAAAUAAAUUUAAAGAUUUUUGUAGGUGGAGACUCUGGAGUUGGAAAGAGUUCUAUUAUUAAAAGUUUUUUAGGGAAAAAAUAUGAAAAUAAAACUCCAAUGGACUAUUUACACCAAAAAGAAAUUGAUUUCAAACGUCAACAUAUAAUAUUAAAUAUCUGGGAUAUUCCAAAUAAAAUGAAUAAUAUAAAUUAUCCUUUAAAUAUAUUUUAUAGAGGUGCUCAUUGUUGUUUUUUAUGUUUUGAUUUAAAUAAUUUAACAUCAUUUGAAAAUCUUGAAAAAUGGUUAAAUGAUUUCUUAUUAUCAUCAAAUUAUGUAAAUGUUCCAAUAAUUAUCUUGGGAAAUAAAAUAGAUUUAAUAAAUAAUAAAAAUAAAUAUAAUAAUAAUAAUAAUAAUAAUAAUAAUAAUAAUAAUAAUAAUAAUAAUAAUAAUAAUAAUAAUAAUAAUAAUAACAAUGAAAUUAUUUCAAAAGAAAAAAUUGAUGAAUGGUGUAGAAAACAACAAGACAAAAUUAAUAAUGGGAAUUAUAGCAAUCCUUAUUUUUGUAGGAUUCAUUAUUUUGAAACGUCAGCUAAAGAAUCAAUAAAUAUUCAAGAAUCAUUUAUAAGAGGUAUUGGAUUGGCACUUCAAUUUUAUAAAGGAAAUAUUAUAAGUGAUCCUGUUGUUUUUAGACAACAAGAAAUAAGAAAUAAAAAAAUUAGAUUUUGUUGGUGUGUAGAUGUCUCUAAUUGUAGUUAUUAA